UUGCCCAGCAGACACCAAGGCUGGCGCGUCCACCCUCCGCCCGCCGGGUCUCUGGGCUCCGCAGGGCCCGUAGGGUGCAGAGGGGCCUCUGAAGGGGGCGGGUUCGCUUGAGCCAGAAAGCCCGGAGCCGCCCAGGAAUUUUGGCCGGGACUGAGAGCAUUUCCUCCCGGGCGGGCCGGCGCGAUCUCCGUGCGAUACCGGGGAGGGCUGUGACGGGCAGACGGCACCAUGUGGACCCUGCUCUGCGCGCUGGCCGGGAUCGCUCUGCUCCGCGCCCCGGGCACGGACGUCGCUGCUGAACCUUUCAUCCCCUCCCGAGGAGACCCGGCUCGAAGCACAGGGUGUGACACACACAUGGCUGUCCACGGCCGUUUAGACGUCAUAGAGGAGAAGGUAGAGAAGACAGUGGAGCACCUGGAGGCAGAAGUGAAAGGCCUGAUGAACCAGCUGGAGGAGCUGGCCUGGAACCUGCCCCAGGGACCCUUCAGCCCAACCCCUGAUCUCCUGGGAGAUGAUCAUUUUUGAGCACUGGAGAUGGUGUUGCCCAGCAACUGGAAGUAAUAAUACACCCAUCCGACAGCUCUCCUUUAAGAAUGGAGCCUUGCGUCUGGCCUUUCUUCCUCAGCUUUGUACAAAAUAAAAGCUACUCCACUGAUCUGUGUCUGCUGACAGAGUGACCCUUACAGCCACAGCCCCUUCCCCAUCUACUCCCAUAGCCUGAGGCCCACAUCCCCCUAAAGGCUCAGACCUGGGAACCCCCAUCCCUUCUGUGCUUCAGCCACCCUUCUUUAUAGGGGCGGACAGGGCAGGCAUGGUCCACAGAGGUGAGGCACUUGAAGCCCAGAAUCAUACGAUGAUGCAGUGGAAGUGUCCUUCGGGCAGCCUUGCUGCUCAGAGUAUGGCCACAGAUGAGCAGCAGCGGCCUAACCUGGGAGUUUGUCAGAAAUGCAGAAUUUGAGGCCCCACCCAAACCUCCUAAAUCAGAAUUUACAUUUUAAUGAGCUCCCUCCCAGGGGAUUUGUGUGCUCAUUCAAGUUAAAACAUUUUUUUUUAACCGAGGUAAAAUUUACGUAACAAAAAAUUCAAACUUAACCAUUUUAAACUGUACAAAUGCAGUGGCUUCCCCAUGUUGUACAAUCAUCACCGCUCUCUAAUUCCAGAGCACUUCAACCAGCCCAAGGGAAACCCUGUGCCUAGUAAACAUCACUUCCCAUUUCCCCUCUCACCACCCCUUGAACCCACUGAUAAUUCCAUCUCUAUGGACUUCCCUAUUCUGGACAUUUCAUAUAAACAGAAUGCUACAAUA